AUGCAGAAACACGACCACGGCUUCUUGUGGAUGAGAGGCAAGGCAGGCGCCGGAAAGUCGACAAUGAUGAAAUUUAUUUACCAAAGAAUGAAAGAAAAGCAUAGAAGCCCUGAUACAAGUAUUGCCUCCUUCUUCUUCAAUGCUCGAGGCAUGGAACUGGAAAAGUCAAUUUUGGGUAUGUACCGAUCACUUCUGGUCCAGCUCCUCGAACAGGUCCCGGAUCUUCAGUCUGUCCUAGAGGACUCUGAAGUAAUCCCUGUGAACCAGCAAGACUGCCCUGGCCUCAAUGCUUUGAAGGAGCUCCUCCAGAACGCCGUUAUGGCGCUUGGCAAUCGGUCAUUCAUUUGCUUCAUCGACGCUCUUGACGAAUGCGACGAGCUCCAAGUACGAGAUAUGGUGCAAUUCUUCGAGGAACUUGCAGAGUCCACCACCGAAGAUGAUACAAAGUUCCGGAUUUGUUUCUCAAGUCGACCAUACCCUUAUAUCGAGAUUCGUCGCGGGACGAUACUUACGCUUGAGGGCGAAGCAGGACAUUCGGAGGACUUGGCAAGUUACGUCAAGUCCCGGUUAAUGGUCCCGAAUUCGCUUACCGAGGAGCUACGAUCCCAGAUUGUUGAAAAGGCUUCCGGAAUUUUCAUGUGGAUCGUCCUUGUCGUAGAGAUAUUGAACAGUGAAAGCAAUCAUGGUGCCCUCGCCCUACGGAAAAGGUUAUCAGAAAUACCCUCUGAGCUCAGCCAACUCUUCAAGCGGAUAUUGACUCGAGAUGGAAACAAACCGGAGCCACUCGAACUUGCUUUGAAGGACCCUCGCCGUCAAGAGCCACGGUCUUCGACAAUCAUGUCUACCCAAGAUCCUUCCUCGACGACAGAGGCCUCUACAAGUAUCCUCCCACGACGCGACCAAACCCCCUGCGCAGGCUGCGGCUACACCCCGCAGCGCGCCUACCAAGAUCAAACCAAGUACAGAUCCCAGCUGGCGCUCGACUUCGUCGGCCGCGACAUCGCGACCUGGACCAUCGGCGCCGACACCCUUCUCAAAGACAGCUCGGCCGCGCAGGGCAGCAACGAGGUCGACACACUCCGCUUCCUCCGCAGGAAGGUGCCCGAGCUGCCCACGCCCGAUGUCAAGGCCACGUGGGAGACGGGCGGCAGGCGGUACAUUGUCCAGGACCGUGUGCCCGGCCAGACCCUCGGCGCGGUGUGGCACGAGCUCGACCUAUCUACCAAGGUCCGGAUACUGGACCAAGUCGUUGCGGUGGUCGAGCAGUGGCGCACCUUGACGAGCGGCAAGAUGUGCAGCGUCACCGGUGGCCCAGUCGAAUCUCUCCGUUGGUGGUCGGCAGGAUUCACGCCGUGGGGCCCCUUUCGGCGCAAGCGCGAGCUGUUCGCCUACUUUGAGGAUGCGAGGGGCGGUUUUCCUGGGGCGGUCCGCGAUAUGCUGUGGCGGAAUAUGCCGGACUGUCGGCCUUGGACGUUCUCGCAUGGCGACCUUCAUGUGUACAACAUUAUGGUGGAGGAUGGGAACCUCACCGGGAUCAUCGACUUUGCGACGGCGGGGUUCUAUCCGAUGUGGUGGGAGUAUGUCCAGCUGAGGCUCGCGUGUGGAGCCAGGCCGGAUCACGAGUGGAAGCACAUGCUCCAGCUACGGAUGAAGGAUUCGUGCCAUGAGGCCGAGGCGGCCAUGACGUGGGCGAAGGCCUGCGAUGAGCUCGCUUCCCUGCCGGACAGCAUAACGAACGCCACAGUUGGUUGGCUGCGUGAGCAGUUCCCAAACGAACGUCCUCGAAUAUGCGAAGUGAUUGCAGACGCGCGUCCAGGCAACGAUCAGAACGAAGGGGGUGAGUUACAGCGAGGAGGUGGCCUAACAGCGAAGCCCGUGCCUAAGACGACUGCCACGAAGGCAUGUCUUGCGCGAUGGCGUGCGAAACUGACGACGCGGCACGGAUUCUAG